AUGUCUUCAAAACCUUUGACUGAUCUCGAUUCAAAUUUGAAAUUACUGAGAACCUCACUGAAUGCAAUAUACGGCUACACUGGUAAUAUGCUCGAAGCGAAAAUUUCGCAAGGGCAAAGAAAUUCGAGACAGGCCGUUCCUUUUGAACCUUCGCGAGAAGAUUUAGAACAAUUAGAAUCCUUUAGGAGGCAAUUCAAUGAAGUGUGUGAUGAACUUUAUUUGAACUUGCAACUUGCUAAAGAAACCUUUGAAAGGGAACUCGAGUCAAAAGGUUCUGCUAGUGAAAGCAAACGCAAAGACGAUAUUUUUACCACAGAAGAGGCUAAAAAAUAUAACGACCGAAUUGCUUUAUUAGAAAGGAUUUUUGAGUUGGAGAGAUCAACGCCACCCGAAAAUAUGUGA